AUGAAAGCAAUCACCCUACGGAGUGGUAAACAGUUAUCUCCAAGAAUUCUCACCAAGGAUGGUGAAAAGCAAGGUGGGGAGGUGGCUAUCAACAUUGAUGAUGAGGUGGUGAUUGUAGAUGAGAAGGUUGAUGAAGAAAUUCUAGAAAAGAUUGUUGAAGCUAAGGGUAAAGGAAAAGUUGGAGAAGAGAAGAGGACAGUGAAACUGUUACUCCAACAAAGGACUCCUCUUUUGUUCCUCCUCCCUAUGAGCCAAGGCUACCAUUCCCUGGAAGAUUCAAAAGACAGCUAUUGGAGAAAUGCUGUAGCUGCAAAGAAGAAAGAGAUGGAGGGCAUGAUGAUCCUUACCCACGAGUGCAGUGCCAUUAUCCAGAGGUUAGAUGUUCCAAGGAAGCUAGUGGAUCCAGGAUGUUUCACCUUACCUUGUGCUCUAGGACCCAUGGUAUUUGAACGGUGUCUUUACGAUCUUGGGGCUAGUGUCAGCUUGAUGCCUUUGUCUAUUGCAAAGAAGCUUGGAUUUACUCAAUACAAGAAGUGUAAACUCUCUUUGGUGUUGGCUUAUAGAUCAGUGAAGAUUCCUGUAGGUAUUUUAGAAAACCUCCCCUUGAUGGUUGGUAACUUUGAGAUCCCUACUGAUUUUGUUGUGUUGGAGAUGGGAGAGGAAGCCCAAGACCCUUUGAUCCUUGGAAAACCAUUCUUAGCCACAGCAGGAGCUAUUGUGAAUGUUAGACAAGGAAAGAUUGAUCUUCAUCUUGGACAAGGGAACAUUCUCCACUUUGACAUCAAUGAAGUGAUGAAGAAGCCAACCAUCCAGAACCAAGUUUUCUACAUUGAUGAAAUGGAUGCUCUAGCUGAUGAGCUUCUAGAGGAGUUGGCACUUGAAGACUCUCUACAGCAUGCUUUAACAAUCGAGAGAGAAGUCCAAGUGAUUGAGAACGAGGAAAUUGAUGCCUAUGUGAAGAUGUUGGAUUCUCACAAGGGGAUUAGUGGUGAAGGUCAGAAUGAGGAGCUUACAUAUGAGGCUCACCAUGCUUCCUCGGCCACUCAAUAA